GAACCGCGCAGCAUUGUGGGUACUGUCAUGGCGUCCGUCUGUUAGUGACUCAAAAACGUUUUGGAGUCUGUCAGCUGGAAGCUGCUAUAGGUGUUAUUUUGUUGAAAACGUUGUGCGGCAGGUUUCGGUUGGAGCUACCGGCAGCAUGGCGUCCACGGCGGCGGGGAAGCAGCGCAUCCCGAAGGUGGCGAAGGUGAAGAAUAAAGCUCCUGCAGAGGUUCAGAUCACCGCUGAGCAGCUGCUCAGAGAAGCCAAAGAGAGGGAGCUUGAACUUCUGCCUCCACCUCCGAAACAGAAGAUCACUGAUCAGGAGGAGCUUAAUGACUACAAGCUGAAGAAGAGAAAGGGGUUUGAAGACAACAUCAGGAAGAAUCGCACCGUCAUCAGUAACUGGAUUAAAUACGCACAAUGGGAGGAAAGCCUAAAGGAGAUCCAGAGGGCUCGUUCCAUCUACGAGCGCGCGCUGGACGUCGAUCACCGCAACAUCACUCUGUGGCUGAAGUACGCAGAGAUGGAGAUGAAGAGCCGUCAGGUGAACCACGCUCGCAACAUCUGGGACAGAGCCAUCACCAUCCUCCCGCGGGUCAACCAGUUCUGGUACAAGUACACCUACAUGGAGGAGAUGCUGGGCAACGUGGCCGGCUGCAGGCAGGUGUUUGAGCGCUGGAUGGAGUGGGAGCCUGAAGAACAGGCCUGGCACUCCUACAUCAACUUCGAGCUGCGCUAUAAAGAAGUGGACAAAGCCCGCACCAUCUAUGAGCGAUUCGUCAUUGUUCACCCCGAAGUAAAGAACUGGAUCAAGUACGCUCGCUUCGAGGAGCGGCAUGGCUACAUCGCCCACAGCAGGAAGGUGUACGAGCGAGCCGUGGAAUUCUUCGGAGAGGAACAUGUGGAUGAGAACCUGUUUGUGGCCUUUGCUAGGUUUGAGGAGACCCAGAAGGAGUUUGAGCGGGUCCGGGUGAUCUAUAAGUAUGCUCUGGACAGAAUCCCCAAACAUCAGGCGCAGGAGCUCUUCAAGAACUACACCAUGUUUGAGAAGAAGUUUGGAGACCGCAGAGGAAUCGAAGACGUCAUCGUCAGCAAAAGAAGGUUUCAGUAUGAAGAAGAAGUCAAGGCAAACCCACACAACUACGACGCCUGGUUUGAUUACCUCCGCCUGGUGGAGAGCGACGCAGACGCCGACACCGUCAGAGAGGUUUACGAGAGAGCCAUCGCCAACGUGCCGCCCAUCCAGGAGAAGAGACACUGGAGGCGCUACGUCUACCUGUGGAUUAACUACGCCCUGUACGAGGAGCUGGAGACCAGGGAUCCUGAGAGGACGAGGCAGGUCUACCAGGCGUGUCUGGAGCUCAUCCCUCAUAAAAAGUUCACAUUUGCAAAGAUUUGGCUGCUCUUCGCUCAGUUUGAGAUUCGACAAAAGAACCUACCUGGCGCCAGAAAGAUCAUGGGCACAGCGAUCGGUAAAUGUCCAAAGAACAAGCUGCUGAAGGGUUACAUCGAGCUGGAGCUGCAGCUACGUGAGUUCGACCGCUGCAGGAAGCUGUACGAGAAGUACCUGGAGUUCAGUCCAGAAAACUGUACCACCUGGAUCAAGUUUGCCGAGCUGGAGACCAUCCUGGGAGACAUCGAGAGAGCUAGAGCCAUCUUUGAGCUCGCCAUCAGUCAGCCCAGGCUGGACAUGCCGGAGGUUCUGUGGAAGUCUUAUAUCGACUUUGAGAUCGAGCAGGAAGAGUUCGAGAACACGAGGAACCUCUACAAGAGGCUGCUGCAGCGCACGCAGCACGUCAAGGUUUGGAUCAGUUACGCCAAGUUCGAGCUGUCGGUGGACGGUCCUGACCGGCUGCAGCGGUGCCGUCAGAUCUACGAGGAAGCCAACAAGAGCAUGAGGAGCUGCGAGGAGAAGGAGGAGCGCCUGAUGCUGCUUGAGUCCUGGAGGGACUUUGAGAAGGAGUUUGGCUCUGACGGCACCAGGGAACGGGUCCGAAAGCUGCUGCCUGAGAAGGUGAAGAAGAGGAGGAAGCUGACGGCCGAGGAUGGGUCGGACGCCGGCUGGGAGGAAUACUAUGACUACAUCUUCCCAGAGGAUGCCGCCAACCAGCCCAACCUCAAGCUGCUUGCUAUGGCCAAGAUGUGGAAGAGGCAGCAGGCGAAAGACGAUGACGACGACGACGGAGAAAGAUCUCCAGAAAAACCUCCAACAGCUGAGGAGGAGAGCUCAAGAUCCUCUGAGGAACCUGAGACUCCUGACAAACAGCCGGAGGACGAGUCCGAGAGAAACGCUGGGACUGAGACGGAGAAGAUAUACGACGACCGAGAUGAUGACGACAGCAGCAGUAGUGACAGUGAUGAAGGUGAUGGAGAGAAGAAACAGAGCAGGAGUCGUGAAGAGGACAAAGAUUAG